AUGACGCAGUCAGAUUUGGACCUGUUGCUGGACAUGGGCUUUGACAAGUCACGUGCCGAGUUAGCAAUCAAGAGGACUGGCGGACUUCAAGGUGCUCUCGAGUGGCUCGAGAAGAACCAGGACACCUCUCUGGAGGAUCUCAAAGAUGACGCUGAGGAAGAGGCCCAAGGCGGACCCAACAUCGCCCCUGUUGAUGAUGGCCAAUCAGCAAAUUCCUUGGUCUGCAACGAAUGUGGAAAGAAGUUCAGAAACAGCGACUCUGCUACUUUUCAUGCUACAAAGUCGGGCCACACCGAUUUCUCCGAAUCGACAGAGGCCAUUGCCCACUUGACUGAGGAGCAGAAGAAGGAACGACUGGCAGAGCUCCGUGAGCAACUCAAGGCCAAGAAGGCGGCUCAGUCUGAGGCGGACAAGGAGGAUGCCAAGCGCAAUGAGAAGAUUCGUCAAAAGGCCACCAGGGAGACUCAAGACCUGAAAGAGGAAAUUGCACGCAAGGAGCAGAUCAAAGAGGCUGCCAAGAAGCGUCAAGAGAAACUUGACGACCUCGAGGCCAAAAGACGCAUCAAGGCCAAGAUCGAAGCCGACAAGGCAGAGCGCAAGCGCAAGGCUGACGAAGCCAAGGCUGCUCGAGAUGGCACGACAGUCGCUUCAUCCUCGGCAUCCCCCGCCCCUACUUCCUCUGCACCUGCAGCCCCCAAGCCCUCUGUGUCUCAUAACGAGGCCAGGCUGCGUCUACAACUGCCUGUAGGGGGCAACGUACAGAAGACGUUUCCUGCGGAGACUACACUGUUCGAAGUUGCGCAGGCGAUCGAGGCGGAACACGGUAUCUCGGUGGAUAACUUCAGCUUGACAUUUCCCCGCAAGACAUUUUCCGGGAGUGAGGACUUCAGCAAGACUCUCCGAGAGGCUGGCUUAGUCCCUAGUGCUGUCCUAAUUGUGAAGUCGGCUUAA